UCCAAAUACCAAUAUUCUGCUCGCUCUGUUUUGCUUCCCUCCUCUCCUCUCCUCGGCUUCACCUCCUCCCCACGCCGCAUGGUCUGAUCAGCCAAGAAAACCACCCACCCAGCCAUGCUGCCACCGCCGGCCGCCACCGCGCUGCUGCUGCUGCUCCUGGCCCUCGCCGCCGGCGCGCCCGUCGUGGCCAACGACCUCGCGUCCGACGCCGCGGCGCUGCAGGCGUUCCUGGCGCCGUUCGGGUCGGCGUCCGUGUCGUGGAACUCGUCCCAGCCGACGUGCUCCUGGACCGGCGUCGUCUGCACCGGCGGACGCGUCACGGAGAUCCACCUCCCCGGGGUUGGCCUCCGGGGCGACGUCCCCGUGGGCGCGCUCGGGAGCCUCGACAAGCUCGCCGUGCUGUCGCUGCGCUACAACGCGCUCUCCGGCCCGCUGCCGUCUGACCUGGCCAAGUGCGCUGAGCUCCGGGUCAUUAAUCUGCAGUCAAAUCACUUCUCCGGCGAUCUUCCCUCGGAGAUUCUGGCUCUCCCGGCGUUGACGCAGCUCAACCUCGCGGACAACCGCUUUUCCGGGAGGAUCCCACCGACCAUCGCCAAGAACGGGAAGCUGCAGUUGCUCUACUUGGACGGCAACCUCUUCACCGGCGAGCUGCCGAACGUGAACAUGCCAUUGCUCGCCUCAUUCAACGUCUCCUUCAACAACCUCACCGGCGCGAUACCCAGUGCUCUCGGCGGCAUGCCGGCGACGUCUUUCCUCGGCAUGCCGCUGCUGUGUGGCAAGCCCCUGUCGCCUUGCCGAACGCCAAUUUCCAACCCGCCGUCCCAGGCUCCGGCGCUUUCUCCAGAAGGCGCGGUCCCGUCGGGCGGCCGCGGGCGAGGCGGACGCCACCUGGCGGGCGGAGCCAUCGCCGGCAUUGUGAUCGGAUGCGCAUUCGGCUUCCUUCUUAUCGCCGGCGUUCUGGUCCUGGUGUGUGGUGCCCUGCAACGCAAGCCAAGACCCCACCACAACUAUGACGUCGCGGCGGAGCUCGCCUUGCACAGCAAAGAAGCAAUGAGCCCGAGUGCAUACACUCCACGUGUCUCGGACGCGCGGCCGCCGCAGCCGCCGCCGCCACCGGUGGCCCCCACGGUACAGCCUGCCGUCGCCGCCAACGUCACCGGAAAGAAGAAGCUCUUCUUCUUCGGGAGGGUGCCGCGGCCGUACGACCUCGAGGACCUGCUGCGCGCGUCCGCCGAGGUUCUUGGCAAGGGAACGUACGGGACAACGUACAAGGCAUCGCUCGAGUCCGGGCCGGUGGUCGCCGUGAAGCGCCUCAAGGAGACCUCGUUGCCGGAGCGCGAGUUCCGGGACAAGAUCGCGGCGAUCGGCGGGCUGGACCACCCUAACGUCGUGCCGCUGCAGGCCUACUACUUCAGCAAGGACGAGAAGCUCGUGGUGUACGAGCUCGUCGCCAUGGGCAGCCUCUCGUCGAUGCUUCACGGUAACCGUGGCUCCGGCCGGUCGCCGCUGAGCUGGGAGUCGAGGAGGCGCAUCGCGCUGGCGUCGGCGCGCGGGCUGGAGUACAUCCACGCGACGGGCUCCAAGGUGGUGCACGGCAACAUCAAGUCGUCGAACAUACUCCUCGGGCGGUCGGUGGACGCGCGCGUGGCGGACCACGGCCUCGCGCACCUCGUCGGCCCGGCCGGCGCGCCGUCCAACCGGGUGGCGGGGUAUCGCGCGCCGGAGGUGGUGGCGGACCCGUGGCGGCUGUCGCAGAAGGCCGACGUGUACAGCUUCGGCGUGCUGCUCCUGGAGCUGCUCACGGGGAAGGCGCCCACGCACGCCGUGCUGCACGACGACGAAGGCGUGGACCUGCCGCGGUGGGCGCGCUCCGUGGUGCGGGAGGAGUGGACGUCCGAGGUGUUCGACACGGAGCUGCUCAGGCACGCCGGGGCCGAGGAGGAGAUGGUGGAGAUGCUGCGUCUGGCGAUGGACUGCACCGCAGCGGCGCCGGACCAGCGACCGGCGAUGCCGGAGAUCGCCGUGCGCAUCGAGCAGCUGGGCGGCGCGGGGUCGGCGUCCGCGCGUACCGCCCGGAGCGCGUCCAUGGACGACGCCGACGACCGGCCGCUCAGGCCCACCGGAUCGAUUCGCGGGAGCUGAAGCUUGAUGAACUCCACAUAGUGCUCGUUCGGUAACUCCAUGGAAAUGUCUCCUUUUUCUUCUUCUUUUUCGCUGGUUCUUUCCUUUGUGUUAGGAAAUUACUUACGGUGUGAUGUUAAUUCUUUGAAGUUUCAUGAAUUUCUUGAUUCUUCUUUUUUUUAGUCGGAUUCCAACCAUCCGAUUAGCUGCGUGUUUUGAGAGAGAUGUUGGUCUUAGGAGAAGCACUGGUGCAAUAUGUAAUUACUACAUGGUUGAUGUCACUAUUGGUAAUCAGAGAUUACUUCAUUCGAGGUUUGACUCCCGCGCAAUUUGAACCGCUUCCCGGUUGAUUUCCUUUUA